AUGGCCAUCUUCUCCUACAUCCUCUCGGGCCUCACGUCCUACGCUGCGCUGACGCUGAGCCUCUUCGGCCUGUCCGUCAAAGUGCCCCGCGCAGGCUUCUUCGCCCGCUGUCUCGCCGCAUACGCUUCCCUCCUGUUCUGCGCAGCCUACGGCGUGCUCGCCUCGAUAUGCCUCCGUAUUGCUGGGCGCGGCCAGAUCGCGCAGUGGACAGUCGCUAGAGCCUUCAAGUGGUCGAUGUGGCUGACCACCGGCGUGCAUUUCGACAUCAUCCAGGGCCAGAAAUACCUCUCUACGCGGCCCGCUGUGUUUCUCGUGAACCACCAGACGGAGCUGGACGUGCUUCUUCUCGGUGCAGUGCUGCCUCAGUACUCUGCUGUGACGGCGAAGAGGUCACUUUCGCGUGUGCCGCUGCUAGGAUGGUUCAUGUCGCUUUCGGGGACCGUGUUUAUUGAUCGUGCGAACCGCGAGACUGCGUUCAAGGCGUUUGAUAAUGCUGCCAGUUUGAUGAAAUCAAAGGGGCAGAGCGUGAUUAUCUUCCCUGAGGGGACGAGAAGCUAUGCGCGGGAACCUACCAUGUUGCCGUUCAAGAAGGGAGCAUUCCAUCUAGCUGUUAAGGCGGAGGCGGAUAUCGUGCCAAUCGUGGCUGAGAAUUACUCGCAUGUUCUGGACGUGAAGAAGAUGAAGUUCACUUCGGGUACUAUCAACGUCAAGGUUCUGCCUCCAGUUAGUACCAAGGGCCUUACCACUGCGGAUGUCGACUCCUUGGUCCAGAAUACAAGACAGUCCAUGCUUGAUGCCAUGGUUGAGAUGGACAAGAUGAGAAAGAUCAAAGACAUUGCCGAUUCCCAGGUGGUGGUGGAAGACACUCCUCGAGCGACUCGUUCUACCGCCGUUGAGAUAUAA